AUGGUUCGAAUUAUUGAAGACUUCACUGGUCUGAUCACAUUUCUCCCAAGUUCUUCGUAUCUGCUUGCAGCUUCAACGACCGCUCAGUCUGAUUUCGCCCCUCUGGAGCAAUAUCGAUCGCAAAGCUCUUACCGGCGCGUCACUACGCAAUUCACCAUGUCCACAACCAUGAGUACUUCGUUCCAGGUUCAUGAUCAGCGUUUUGCAGCAAUAACUGGCCAGUCCCCGAAAAUAGAGCUCUUAGCAGAGAAUCAAGUUUACUCAUUCGCUCACGAGGCUGGUGUUUUCUUUCCUGACACCAACAGUCUCUUCAUUACCAGCAACCGAUGUAUCAGUCCAAGCGGACAGCAAAAAGUGCAUAUUACUCGAGUCGACCUGAGUAAGAAACCACUCACCUGCGAGGAAGUUCGCACCGAUAUCCCUAUGGCUAAUGGGGGCAUUAACUACGGCAACGAUCACGUUCUCUUUUGCGCGCAGGGGUCCAUGACCGAGCCAAGCGGUUUAUACCGUAUGUCCAUAACCGCGCCGUACAAAGCUGAAUUGAUGAAGGGAGAUUUCUUCGGACGACCGUUUAAUGCUGUUAAUGACGUGGUGGUGCACUCGGACGGAUCGAUCUGGUGCACCGAUCCCAUUUACGGCUCUGAGCAGGGCUAUCGGCCGCAGCCAUGCCUGCCUAACCAGGUUUACCGGUGGUGCCCAGAUACUGGAGCUAUCCGAGCCAUGGCUGAUGGAUUUGGGCGACCAAAUGGCAUCUGCUUCUCCCCGGAUGAGAAGGUUGUUUACAUUACCGAUACAGAUCGGGUUCAUGGUGAUGGGACUGUCGACGAUCACCGAGCCUCUUCAAUUUACGCUUUUGAUGUGUCCACGUAUCACGGAGAGCCGUUCCUCACAAACCGGCGGCUCUUCGCUAUGGCAGACCAGGGGAUCCCAGACGGAAUUAAGUGUGACAUUAAAGGAAACGUGUACAGUGGUUGCGGGGAUGGAAUUAAUGUAUGGUCCCCGGGAGGUCUUCUCUUGGGUCGGAUCUUGAUUGAGGGUGGUGUUGCAAACUUUUGUUUUGGACGAAACGGGGAGAUUUUUGCUCUGAAUGAGCACCGUUUGUGGAGAGUCCAAUUAGGAACGGGCGUGAAGGGAGCAUUGCUCGGGUUAUAG